AUGGAUUUUGUUCUUUUUCCGAAUCCUCUUCAAUCCAAGAUGCUCGCCUUUGACGCAAGACCCAAAAACACAUACUCCCAGCCUAUGAUGGAUCCCAACAUGGAAAUGUACUCAUAUCCUAUGGAGAUGCAGUAUGCGAACAUGGACCUCUCUCGGAAUCCCCAAUAUUUCGAUGCCCAUCUUUACACCGAGGAGCUGCACAAACACUCCAAUUUCUCCCCUUUGCCCGCAACUCCUCCCUCCGUCACAACAUCCUAUGUAGAGCCGCAAGUUCCUACAGGCUCAGCGGCUUCCGGACCAUCCAUUGCCAGCGCACCCUCCUCCGCCAUUGGAUCUCCAUACAUCGCAUCUGCGGCAGUAUUCCAAGAGAAUUGGGUAGAUACCAAUCAUGGACUGGGGCUGCCGGCGGCCGUGAUGCAUGAUUUGUUCCCCAAUGAGUAUAUCGGCAACGGAGUCGACAUGGAUGGAUACUACCGAGAGAAACUGGCCGGUACCUAUGUUGAUCCGUCCCUGAUCGAACCUGAUUCUACUCACCUGAUGCCUACCAUCUCAUAUUCCGGAACCAUCUACUCCGGUCCUGAUUAUUUCCCUCACUCCCCGGCAACCUCACCCGUUCCAUACAGCGACAAUGUGGAGCAACAUUCACCAUUGCUCCACCCAGUUCCACAUCAAACACCACCCAUGAAGAACUCUGGUUUCCACUCCCGGCCCGCUUCAGUUUACGACCGGCGGUCCUCCGUUUCCUCUACCAAUUCCCGUCCCUCUCCACAGAGUCCCAUGAGCAGCGUCGAAGGGGAUGAUGUCAAGGAGAAAGGCCAAUGCCCUUAUCUGGAAUGCGGUCGUGUCUUCAAGGAUUUGAAGGCGCAUUUGCUCACUCAUCAGUCCGAGCGGCCAGAGAAGUGCCCCAUCUCGAACUGCGAGUACCACACCAAGGGCUUUGCCCGCAAGUAUGACAAGAACCGUCACACUUUGACCCACUACAAGGGCACUAUGGUAUGCGGUUUUUGUCCUGGCUCCGGCUCUUCCGCCGAGAAAAGCUUCAACCGAGCCGAUGUGUUCAAGCGCCACUUGACCUCCGUUCACGGCGUGGAACAGACCCCGCCGAACUGUCGCAAGCGCAGCCCUACUGCCUCUUCCAAGAAGGGCACAAACUACAGCAGCGAUGCCACUGGCAAGUGCUCGACUUGCUCGGCGACAUUCAGCAACGCUCAAGAUUUCUACGAGCAUCUGGACGACUGUGUUCUGCGCGUCGUGCAGCAGGAGGAGCCGUCGGAGGCGAUCAACCAAAAGCAUCUCGCUGCGGUUGCCUCUGACGAAAAGGUGCAGGAGACAAUGGAGAAGCAUCAACUAUUUGACACGGCUGGAUCCGAGCAAUACGAUGAUGAUGAUUCCCACGAUGAUAACGACCCUUAUGACCUCUCAAACUGGCGCGCUGGUCGGACUGCCAAACCCAAGGCCUCUCGUGCUAUCAUUGCUGGCGCCAUCACCAAGUCCACGGCUUCCGGUAAAGGUCCCCGUGCGGUGGUGAAUCGACGUCGCAACAACCGUGGGAAUUACCCGCAGUCCUGGGGAUGCCCGAGCAGCAGCAUCAAGAGCAAGAAGCGUGUUCUCUGCGUCUUCAAUGGACAGCGUCGUCUGUGGAAGGAUGAGAUGAUGCUGAACAACGAGUUCGAGGUCCGUCUGCCACUUCCGGGCGGUGCAGGUGACGGCACCAAUCGUGACGCUUAUGUCACUGAUCUGGAUGUGGAGACACUCAAACGCGCUGAGGGUGUCCUCAGUACUUCUGACGAGGAGCGUGGUCCCUGGCUCGAUGGCCCAUCUACCCAUCUCAUGGGCCAACCAGCAAGACUCCUCCCCGAUCUUUUCCAACAAGAUGACGAUCCGUCGAUCCACGAACUCAUGGCUUAA